AUGCCAGGCCGCCUCCACCAAAAAGUCGCCAUCGUAACCGGCGCCUCCUCCGGCAUCGGGCGCGCCAUCUCGCUCGCCUACCACCGCGAGGGUGCGUAUCUCGUCUGCGCCGAUCUGCGACCAGACGCCCGCGCCGAGUCGCCCAGCGAUACGGAUACACCUACCCACGAGGCAAUCACCAGCGAUGGCGGGAAAGCCAUCUUCGUGAAGUGCGAUGUGGGAGAGGCUAAGGAAGUUGAGGCACUGGUACAAAAGGCCGUGGACGAGUUUGGGAGGGUCGAUGUCAUGGUCAAUAACGCAGGCAUAGCAAUCGAAGCCUGGGCACCCCAGCCCAUCUGGGAGUUCAGCGAGGAUACAUGGGACAAGACGCUUUUAAUCAACGCCAAGGGCGUGUUCCUGGGGUGCAAGUACGCGGCGGCGCAGAUGGUCAAGCAGGAGCCGCGCGAGGAGUGGGGUGGGGACAGAGGCUGGAUUGUCAAUCUAGCGAGUGUGCUGGGGUUAGGCGGAUCGACGAAUAACUCUUCAUACGUCUCGGCGAAACACGCCGUUGUGGGGUUGACGAAGGUGGUCGCAUUGGAUUGUGCGCCGAAACGGAUCCAUUGCAAUGCGAUAUGCCCAGGAUACACCGCUACGGCCAUGACGGCAUCUGUCUUCAAGGACGAGAACUUCAAAAGCCGACUGCAGCAGAUGCACCCGUUUCGCGGGCUAGGAGAACCGGAAGAUCUAGCUAUGGCGGCCGUGACACUGGCGUCGGCGGAUGCGCGGUGGAUAACGGGCGUGUCGCUUCCUGUUGACGGCGGAUAUACCGCAAUAUAA